AUGCAGGAAGUUGUUGAUACUGCGGAAGAAAUUGACAGGGAAAACCGCAAGCGUCAGAUUCUGCUCUUCCUAUCCGCAUUCCUUUUUCUCAUUCCCAUCGGCGGCGAGGUCAUCGGUGCCAUUAGCGGGUUGGCCAGUAUCGGGCGCUUCAUUGCCUUGGCUGGUGAAGCCACUAUGGUGGGUUUGGGUAUUUAUUCUGUCGUUGAUGAUCCCUCUUCCGCACCUUUCCUUAUCUUUGGUUAUAUCCUGAGCGCAGGUGCACUUACGGAUGCCGUCAAAGUCAGCAAGGCUGCUAGGGCGAGACGCGCAAUGGGCGAAUCUGAUUUGGCGAAGCUUGGCGACGAGUUUGGGAAGGGGAUGACCAAGAUCGACAAUGUUAUGAGGGCCUGCAGGCCGUGA